AUGGAUCAGAACGAUUCAGGACGUGAGGGGAGCUCCUACCAAAUAAAACUUUUGGCACUUAUCGCUUUAGAAGGCCUCAAUCAUGAUGGAAACUGGAAAGAAUUCACUGAGUAUAAUGACGCUGGAGAUUUCAAUGACAUCGUUUACCUGAGUGAAAAUAAAAAUAGCAGCUUUGCAAUACAAUGCAAACAUAAAAGAGAUAAGAAGAAAACCAAAAUUUCCAAGAAUGAUUUAGUGAAGAAAGGUGAUUUCUAUCUCCCAAAGUAUUUCAAAUCAUUUCAAGAGAUGAAGAAUAAAUGGAAGAAGUUCGAUGAGAUGAUCUUUGUAAUUUGUUCAAAUUGUUGUCCAGAUACCAGAACUGUAUCGGAAACAGAAGAAAAAAUAUCCAUUCCGUUAUUUCCAGGUGAAACAUCUUCAUACAAACUGAAAGAUUUAGUGGUAAAGGAAAUUCUGAAUUCAUAUGACGAUCAAUUAGUAACGAAUUUUUGUGAAAAGCUACGAUUUUUUCACAUCACUGAUUCACAAAUUGACGAGAGUAUGAAAGGAAGUCUUACAGAUGCAGAAGGAAAUUUGAAAUUGAAAUUUGAUGAAAAUCAUUUCAUCAGAAACAUAGAUAAUUGGUAUAUAGGGAAAAAUAGAACAACUAUUGUGAAAUCGCAUGUAAUAGCAUUUUUAUACGAGUGGACGAGUCACAAGAAAUUGACUGAGCUUGAAUCUCUCGGAAUAUACUUCAAAGAAAAAUAUAUUAUUGGAAAUAAUCAAAUAUUGAACAUCAUAACAGCUGAAGAGAGUAUCUUGACUAUACUCAAGGCCUAUAGAAGUUUUCUAGAAGACUAUAACACAAACCAAAUUUUAUUCAUUGAUCCUGAAGAUAAGAUCGAGAUUAUUGACAGAAUCAUAGAAUGUUAUGAGCUGCCUAGAUUCUGCAUACUCUUGAUUUCUUCAUCCGGAUUCGGUGAAAACAGUGAGACAUGUUAUAAUCACAUUAAUAAUAUUUUAGAAGAAUUUUCAUACAAAAAAGUCAUCAUUUUUUCUAAGGAAUCGAUUCAGACACAUUUAAGUAAGAGAAAUAUUACAACUAUCUUCGAUAAAGUAAAUUUCGAUCAUUUAAGAGAAACAUCUCAGAAAACUCUGCUUUCCAAAUCUGUUUGUUUUCAAGGUACCGACAUUCCCUUAUAUAAACUAAUUUAUCGAGGUACCAAUUUGUCGAUCGACGAGCUCAUGAAUGAUAGAUCGAACUUAAGUUAUUUAAUGGACCAAAAAACCAUUGUCGAAUUGAUAUUCGAACGAAAGAUUGAAAUAGGAACAGCAAUAAAUGAAAAUUCAGGAGACAUUCCAGUUUAUUACAGGGAAAGAAGGAUAACCAACUACGUGGGUGAAGAUUUCGAAGAACAAGAUGUCAGGGAUUUUGUUGAGCAAUCUGACAAGAUUUUCCUAAUAUCAAAUGAAGCAGGAAUGGGAAAGACUACUUUUCUGAAGAAACUGGGGUAUUUGAUUAAGAAGAAAUAUCCACACUUAUUCGUUUUAAGAAUAGAUUUGAAUCAAUUUACCGGUCUAUUCGAAACACACAAAAAUAAAGGCAUUGAACUAGAAGAAAUUUUGGGAAUCUUCAACCAAAAUCUAUUGAAAAAUAGUUUCGAAAAAAGUAUUUUUUCAAUGAAUGAUGAAAUCGUAUUAUUAGUGGACGCAGUAGAUGAAAUGAGUCCAACAUACACGAAACUGGUGAAGAAAUUCCUCCUGAGCAGUUCUAAACGUAAAAACAUUUCAAAAAUCUUCAUCACCACUCGUCCGCAUCUGAAAACAGAACUGGAAUCAUUUCUUAAUACCAAAUCGUAUCAGCUAUGUCCAUAUUGGUUCCUAGAACAAGUUGUGUUCCUCGGAGAGUACUGGAAGAAUAAUCUGAACAUAAAUGAUGUUGAUGAUGAAAACAAAUGUAAUAUGUACGCACAAAAAUUGAUGAGUAAACUAAUUAAAGCGAUUGGGACGACUGAUGCAUGGAAAUUCACUGGCAUCCCACUCCACAUUGAAAUGAUUGGAGAAAUAUUUCUGGAGUCGGAUAAGAAGCAGAAUAAUUGGAUAAGCUGUAAAGAUUUUCUGAUAUCUGGAUAUGAUAAUCCGGAGUUGCCAAUCAAGCUAACCCUCAAUGACUUGUACGACAUGUUUAUGCAAAAGAAAAGCAAAAUUUUUAUCGACGAAAAAUGCCUGGCUAAAGGAAAUACCGCCACAAAACUAUUGUUCGAGUCUCAAUUUGAAAAUGCUCUCAUAAAACAUCAGAAAGAAGCGGCUAAGCUCCUCUUCAAAGACAGUCAUUUCGAAUUGAUGAAUAUCUCAAAAAUCGUUGAAAACAUUCCUAUAGAAACCAUUGUGAAAAUGGGAAUAAUACAUGAGCUUGAAGACGGGUUAGUAUUCAUUCAUAAAACAUUCGCUGAAUAUUUCGUUGCUAAGGCAUUGUGGAAACAACUGAUUGAAUUGAAGUAUUCUCAGGAAUUCUUAGUUUUUCUACUAAGCAUCGUUUUCCUAGAUGAACAGUACGAAGGGAUUAGGAACUUUUUCGAAGGAAUCCUCACAGAGGAAUUUGAUGAAAUUCCAGAAGAAAUUCUCUGUAUUUGCGACUCUAUUGUCGAUUCCAUAACUUGGAAUGAAACAACCAAUAUACACAUAUUAGCUAGAGAGGGUCGAUUGAAUAUUUUGAAAAUAAUGCUAGGAAAAAGGGUGAAGAGGAAACAGUUAUUGGGAAUCAUAGAUUAUUCAAGUGGGUCCACUAUUCUCAAGGAGGGGAUAGUAUAUCCAGAAAUAAUAACACUUUUACUGGACAAAGGGGCAGAUGUUAACCAAAGAGAUGAAUGGGCGCGUACAAUCAUUCAUUAUGCGGGUAUACAUAGGAAGAUGGAGGUACUAAAAUUGUGUGUGGAUAGGGGGGCAGAUAUAAAUCAAAUUGAUAUAUACGGAUGUUCAGUAGCUUUAUACGCAGCUAGAGAAAACCACGUGGAAUUGGUUAAAUUUUGUAUGGAAAAUGGGGCAGAUAUGAACCAAAAAGACAUGUACGGACGUGAUGCUAUAGAACUAGUAGCAGAAAGAGGCAAUGUGGAAUUGGUGCAAUUAUCUGUUGAUCGAGGGUUUGCUAUAAACCCAAAAGUCAUAUAUCAUGCAGCUUCAUUGGGGAAAUUAGAAUUGAUGCAAUUAUGUAUGCAAACAUCGAAAGUAGAUAUGAACCAACGUGACGAGAGUGGAACUACAAUUAUAUUUCAAGCAGCUCAAGGUGGUGGAGAAAAAUUAGUGAAAUUUUGUCUGGAAAAUGGGGCAGAUAUCAACCAAAGUAACACGGAUGGAAGUACAGUUUUAUUGAAUGCGGCUGAGAGAGGCGAUUUAGGAUUGAUGAAAUUCCUUCUAGAGAAUGGGGCAGAUUUAAACCAGAGCGAUCAUAGAGGAAGAACAGUCACACACUAUGCAGCUGCCACAGGUCAUCUGGAGAUGUUGAAAUUUUGUGUCGGAAGAGGAACAGAUAUAAAUCAAAAGGACAAGAACGGAAAAACAACCAUAUUAUAUGCAGCUGGGUGUGAAAAAUUAGAGGUGAUGCGAUUUUGUAUAGAAAAUGGAGCAGAUAUUCACCAUUGUGAAAAUGAAGGGAGAAGUUUGAUACAUUUCGCAGCCGCAUCAGGCAAUUUGAUGAUGAUGAAAUUUUGUCUGGAAAUAGGGGCAAACAUCAAUCAAAGGGACAAUGAUGGAAAAACGGCGAUAAUAUAUCGUCGGUGUAAUUAG